GGCGCCUUGAGCGUCGGGCAAGGAGCAUGGAGGUCAAGUGAGCCUGAGAAUGGAGUAGCGGCGGCCGCCAUGGCCAUUUUCGACACCCCCCAGGAGGCCUUUGGGGCCCUCCGCCCUGCCUGCGUCCAGCUGACCAAGGCCCAGACAGUGGAGAACGUGGAGCGCCUCCACUCCCAGCUGGGGGUAGUCAGUGACUCGGCCCUGCAGGAGCUCCAGGAAUACGUCCUUUUCCCUUUGAGAUUCACCCUCAAGACCCCCGGGCCGAAGCGGGAGGGUGUGGUCCGGAGCGUGGUGCAGUGCAUCGGCUUCGUGCUUUCGUCCACGUGCGUGAAGAAGGGGGAUCUCCUCCUGGAGCUGUUCUCCGAACUCUGUGUCUGCCUGGCGUCCCCCUCCAACCCAUCCCAGCUGGCCCUGUUGUCGGAGGAGCUGAAGCAAGACGUGGGCCAGGCUCUGCUCGCCUUGCUGCACUCCGCUUAUGGAGACAUCCUUCUGUCUCUCUACCAGCCCUCCAGCCUUCCCCAGCUGGGCUUUGCCGUGUCCCUCCUUUUGGCCCUUGCCGAACAGGAAAAAGCCCGGCAGGUUAAGAUCACGGCCUUGCGGUGUCUGCAGGCUCUCCUCCUGCAGUGCGACUGCCCAGAGGAUCACCAGUCCCUGGAGAAAGAGGAGAGGAGGCAAUGUGGAGAUCUCUUUGCCUCCUUCCUCCCUGGGAUCUCCAUCACCCUCUCCAAGAUUAUCGCAGCAGACACGAAGCAAGGUCAUGCCGUCACGGUCUCGGCCAUCCGGCUCUUCUCUAGGACCAUCGGUCUGGUGAUGGCCGAUGAACAGCUAGCGGAGAUCCCACCGGAGAGGAAGAAGCCAGCUUCUGAACAGAGCAAAAUACAGCUACUGGUGGUCCACCGAGGCGCAGACUGGGCGAGAAACACCGCAUCCAGACUCUCCGUCCUGAUCGAGAAGGUGGUUACAUCUGGGUCCGCUCAUCCCCACUGGAAGGUGCGACGGGAGCUGGUGGAAAUGGCCCGCCUCCUCCUGACCGCCUGUGGGCGCUCUUUGGUAGACUCGGCGGGGCAGUUGUUAAAAGCCUUGGUAGGCCUUGUCAAUGACGAGAGCCCCGAGGUCCAGCGUCUGAGUGAGAGGGCGUUGAAGGAUAUGGCCGCGCAGGAGAGGGUAGCCGGGAACAGGCUCCUGGCCGACAUCCUAGCUGAGGAUCUGCACUCUCUGGCCACUGCCCUGCCCCGCUUAAUGACCUCCCAGAACGACCAGGGCAAGAUUGCCACUUUGAACCUGGUCCUCGGGUACCUGAAGCUCUUGGGCCCAAAGGUGAGUGUGGUUCUCCACUCUGCCUCCCACCUUCAGCGUCUCUCCAAGGCCCUGAUGCAAGUCCUGGAGCUGGAGGCGAAGGAUGUGAAGGUUGUGGAGGAGAACAGCUGCGCCCCGGGAGCGUUUCCUCAGCCCGCCCCGGGCCGCCUCCAGAGGAAGUACUUCCGCUUCUUCACAGAUGACCGGAUUUUCCCCCUCCUGCAGCAGAUUUGCCGGGCUCUGGGCACUUACGGGAAUCUCUACUUGCUUGUGGAUCACUUCAUGGACCUGUACAGGGAGUCCGCGGCGUACCGGAAGCAGGCCGCCAUGGUUGUCAAUGAACUGAUUGCUGGAGCCGCAGGGCAGGAGGCGCAGAACGCUUUGCUGAGCUCAGAGGAUCUCGUGGGGAUCGUAACGUCCGUGCUAGAAGAAUACGUGGACUCGGCAAACUGGCAUUUGGUCACCCGCUUGGAGGUUCAGGAGUCCUGGGCUGAAUCCGUGACCACAGAUGCCAGGCCCCUGGCUCUUACGUAUGGAGCACCUAACGGACCCCUGGUGUCCCCGGGUUCGAGCCCCACCCUCCGCUCUAUGAACAGCAACGUUUGGCAGAUCUGUAUCCAACUGGAAGGGAUCAGCGGCUUUGCCUCUGCCCUGGGGAAGGACUUCCACUUGCUCCUAAUCUCUGCUCUGUACCCUGUGCUGGAGAAGGCUGGGGACGGCACGCUCCUGGUCAGCCAGGCUGCCAAGGGGACCCUGGCCAACAUCUGCCAGGCCUGUGGCUACCUCUCCGUCCCUGAGCUCCUCAGGCAGAAUGCCGACUACCUGGCAAAUGGGGUCUCCUUGCACCUGAGGCACCCAGCCGAUGAGCCCCACGCCUUGCAGGUCCUGGAGGCCAUGCUCCGACACUCGGACGCCGGGGGGGCCUCCUUGGUGGAGGACCUGGUUGAAGACGUUUUGGCCAGGCUGGAUCAGUGUCACAGUGAACGGGCGUCUUCGUUCCUCGGGGCGCUACGGACCCUGAUGGCCUCACUAGCUUCCUGGUUUGGGCCGGAGCAGGAAACCCAGCACAAGCCAGAAGGUGGUUCCUCCUGCCCGUGGGCACCAAGGCCGACCAACCUGCCCACUGCAGACGAAAUGGAGGAGUUCUUCUCGGCAUACGUGAAGCAGAAGCGGGUUGCAGAGGGGGAUGUCGAGGAGGAGGAGGAGGAAGAGGAUCCUGCAGUGCAGCCCCGAGCACCGGAAGAGCUUCCUGAGGUGGACAGGCCGUUGCCCUUGCAGGCCAAGAUGGCGAAAGAUGUCCUGGAGAGGGCCAUCCACUUGCUGCCCAGCAAGAGCCUCGCAGUGCGACUGAAGGCCCUCGAGGUCCUCGAACUCGGCGUGAUGGUCCUUGGUCCACACAAGAACGUGCUCCUUCCACUGGCGCAUCGGGCGUGGCCUGCUCUGGUUUGCCGCUUGGUUAACGAUGACCCCUUGGCUGUUCUCGGAGCCUUUAAGGUGCUGUGCACUCUCGGCGCCCACAGUGGGGAUUUCCUCAGGAGCCGCUUCUCCAAAGAUGUCUUGCCAAAGCUGGCGGCCUCCCUUGUCGCCCAGGCCCCCACCAGCGCCCAGGCCGGGCCCGUCUACAGCCACACCCUGGCCUUCAAGCUGCAGCUGGCCGUGCUCCAGGGCCUGGGGUCCCUCUGCCAGGCUCUGGAUCUGGGUGAGAACGACCUGAAUACGGUGGUGGAGGCCUGCCUGCCCUACCUCAGUGCCAGGCAGCCCGUGAGGCUGCAAGAAGCUGCUCGCAGGUAAGACAGGUGUGCCUUCAGGCUGCAGAGCCUCAGGG